CCGACGUCAUUACGCAAAAUACUUUACGCUUAACUAAACGGCGCACGUUUGUUUUUGGUGAAUUACAGAGCGCUCCUGAAGUUACUGUGAGGUGAAGUGUCUCAAUUCAGAAGAAGCUUUACUUUCCGCACAGACGAAACAAAGAGGAAUAACCAAAAUGUCUUCCACUCAGCCAGUCAUCAAAUCGAAACAGACAGAAAAAGAAGUGAAUGGCAUUUCAACGCAGGUCGUCUGUACAGAGUUCAGCAAUUACAUAUUAGUAGUUCUCACUCAGUACGGAAAAAUGGGGACGUUGAUAUCCGUCACACCGGACUCCAAAUCUAACGACAUCAGCAACCCAAUGUUAUCCACCAAAGUACUGCUGGGCAAAGACGAGCCACUGACGCAUGUCUGUGCCAAAAACCUGGCCACUUUUGUAUCGCAAGAAGCCGGCAACAGGCCUGUUUUGCUGGGCCUGGCCCUCAAGGAUUCCUCCAUAGAUGCAAUUAAACAAAUGAAAGAGAUCAUCAAAAGUUGUCAAGUCUGGUAGGAAGUCAACAUAACGGACAUGAAGCAUGAAAUCUGGGUGGAAGACAGACGAUCAUCUUCUGGACGCAACCGAUGUCUCAUUUUUCUUCUGUGUCUUCUUAAACUGAAAGGAUUUACUGAAAGCCAAUCUGUGAUUUAAAAACAAACACUCGUGCUCUGAGACAGAAAUCCAAUUUCACUGACUCUGAUCUGUUUGAUUCGUUGAGACAGUGAAGAAUGUGUUUUAGAAAACAUAGUUUAGAGUUUAUCUGGUUGUGAAAUAAGGAUAUUCUGCAGCCUCUGCUUUCAAAGACGGGAAAGUUAUAGUUUGUAAAAUAACAACCAAUAGCUCCAGUUUCAUCCCUAUGGAAUAUGUAUUGACUUUUGUUUGUUUUGAAUUUGUUAUACUUUAUACUGUUUGUUAUAUUUUGUAUUUUCGAAUGCAAAUAUAAAAAUAAAAGCAUGAAUAAUAAAACAGGUCACUUCUAAAA